AUGGGGAGGGGAUGUCUAUUUCAGAAGGAUGUUUCGAGCAUCAACUGUGUCCAGCGACGGUCGGAGAAAAUAGUCAACUGGUCAAUCAGAUUCAAACGCACAUAUGUGAAAAGCCUUCCAAGUGUAAGCAGUGCUCCCAAGCCUUCACUUGGAAUAAGCUGUCCAGCGGUAUUCGUUCAAAGUGCAGACUGUAUAGCUCAUAUUCAAGCACACACAGGCAAGAAACCUUACGAAUGCGAGUAUUGUCCCAAAGCGUAUAGUGCGCGUGCGACCCUGACGGAGCACAUUCGAAGUCACACGGGCGAGAAACCUUACAAAGGCGAGCAAUGUGCCGAAACCUUUAGUGUGCGCAGGGAUCUGACACAGCACAUUCGAAGGCACACAGGCGAGAGGCCUUACAAAUGUGAGCAAUGUCCCGAAGCUUUUAGUGCACCUGCUACCCUCAGGCAGCACAUUCGAAGGCACACAGGUGAAAGACCGUACAAAUGCAAGCAAUGCCCCAAAGCCUUUAGUGCACGUGCGACCCUGACGCAGCACGUUCGUACGUACACAGAUGAGAGGCCUUUCAAAUGCAAGUUUUGUCUCCAAGCCUUUCGUCACAGUAAUACGCUGGCACGGCACAUUCAAACACACACAGGUGAGAGACCCUACAAGUGCGAGAUGUGUUCCAAAGCCUUUAGUGAACGUGCCACCCUCAGGCAGCGCAUUCGAAGUCACACGGGCGAGAGACCGUACCGAUGUGAGAAAUGUUCCAAAGCCUUUAGUGCACGUGCAACCCUGACACAGCACAUUCGAACGCACACAGGUGAGAGACCUUAGAGAUGUGAGAAAUGUUUGAAAGCCUUCACUACACGUACGUCCUUGAGACAGCACAGUCGAACGCACACGGGCGAGAGACCUUAUGAAUGUGAGCAAUGUUCCAAAGCCUUUAGUACGCGUGCAACCCUGACACACCACAUUCAAAGGCACACAGGUGAGAAACCUUUAAGACGCAAGCCGUGUCCUGAAACCUUCAGCGUGCGUGGGAACCUGAUGCAGCAGGUCCAAACGCUUGAGGGGUCAUAGGAUUGUAUGUCCCAUAACUUGUCUGAGUCAGUCAGGUCAAGCAAAAAAAUGCAACUU